AUGAAUGAAUGGAUAAACGAAUUAGUUCUAUGCGGUAAAUGUAAGCAAAAAAUUUCAUUGAGCUUUACGAAACUAAUCAAAAUUGACAUACAAAGUGGCAUUAGUGAUAGCGGGACGAGUAAGAAGAGGAAAGAGAUGGCGGCAAAUGGUGUCCAUAAGUCGGAUGAUUGCCUUGAAGAAAAAGGCGAAGAAGAAGAAGAAAGAGGUCGGGAGGUUCGAUCGUCAUCGUCAUCGUCGUCGGAGCUCGGCAAUACUUAUAGCUUAUCGCUGAAUAACAAAAUUCUGUGCCAUAUAUUUGGAACAGUUGCGGGAUCGCAUAGCCUUUUUACUGAGUAA